AAACCAACGUAAGGCGGUGCUCCAAUUUUUCAGACGCCAGACGUCGGCGGAGCUCGCGGUCCGGCUCGGAAAUGGCGGGUCGGCUCGCGAGGAGGCUCUCGCCGUCGCCGGAAUCCUUCCUCGCCGCCGUCGUCGAUAGACGCCCGGUCUUCGCUUGGUCGGGUCGCGAUCCGUCCGGGCCCCGGCGGGCUUCCUCCUCCUCAUCGUUGUCGUCGUCGUCGUCGUCGUCUUCGUCGUCUUCGUCUUCGUCUUCACCUUCGUCGCCGGACGGAACGGCGUCGAAGCCGCAGAAGAAGAUCACGGACCGCCUGUCGGCCGUGAUCGACGCCGUCAAUGACCGCAAGCUUCCCCCCGAGCUCCGCGGCCGUCGCAACGCCGUCAGAUCAGAGACUGAUAUUGUGAACAUAGUGGAGCGAAGGAUAUGGCAUUCGAUGGAGGAAGGACAUUUUGAGAACUUACCUGGAAAAGGGAAACCCCUUGACCUGAGCGUAAAUCCGCACGCAGAUCCAGCGGAAGACACCUUGUAUCGGAUUCUUAAUAAGAAUGGUUGUGCUCCAGAGUGGGUAGAACUUAACAAGGAAAUAAGGAGUGCGAUGUUUGAGUGGCGGAGAGCGCUAAAGAAAGCAUGGAUGAGCAGAAGCAAUGGGAGUCGAUCUGAGUGGGAUGAGCGUUCGGAGGCUUUGAAGGUGCAAAUGCGCAGUAUUAACGACAAGGUCUUUCGGUAUAAUCUCAUUGUGCCCUUUGGACGCCAGAUGUCUGGGAUGAAGUGGGAGAAAGAAUUAGAUCGUUUGAGCGAUGAAUGACUUCUCAUACAGUUGUAAUAUUAUAACAAUUUAGGAGUUGUACUUUGGAGGUGAUGAUAUAUCUAUGAGAUGUUAUAGUUGUAUAAUGUUUUGGUAGAAUGUGCUCAUCGAUUGUUUCUUGAUU